GCCCAAAAAACCAACAAAAUGUCACCAACCCUAAAUAAGUAGAGAAUAUCGUUCCAAUUCAAUGCCCCUCAUGCCACUUUCACUUUGGCACCAACUUCACUCCUACGAAAUCCCCAAACCUCUCUCCUUUAUAUCCCCUCCCCCUACUUCACACAUCUUUUGUGUUACUAAUACCACCAUCACAUCAGUUAUACACAAAUCACCCAAAACCAUUCUAUCUCCCCUCAAACAAACAAAAAAUGUCACAGAAAAAUGGCGACCACAAUCUCGCUGCACUCAGACGCGCCCCAACGCCAGGAAAGGCAACUCUGCUCGCAAUCGGCAAGGCUUUCCCAAGUCAGCUCAUUCCUCAAGAAUGUCUGGUCGAAGGUUACAUUCGUGACACCAAAUGCGACGACCCUGCUAUCAAAGAGAAACUCGAACGGUUAUGCAAAACGACAACCGUGAAGCGUAGGUUCACCGUGAUGUCCAGGGAGAUACUAGACAAGUACCCGGAGCUGGCGACAGAAGGUUCGCCGACGAUCAGGCAGAGGCUGGAGAUCGCAAACCCGGCGGUGGUCGACAUGGCGGCGGACGCCAGCCUGGCGUGCAUCAAGGAAUGGGGGCGGCCGGCGACUGACAUCACCCACCUUGUCUACGUGUCAUCCAGCGAGAUCCGCCUCCCGGGUGGGGACCUCCACCUCGCCACGCGCCUCGGGCUGCGGAGCGACGUGGGGCGCGUGAUGCUCUACUUCCUGGGCUGCUACGGCGGCGUGACGGGGCUCCGCGUCGCCAAGGACAUCGCGGAGAACAACCCUGGGAGCCGCGUCCUCCUCGCCACCUCCGAGACCACCAUCCUCGGCUUCCGUCCGCCGAGCAAGGCACGCCCCUACGACCUCGUCGGGGCGGCGCUGUUCGGCGACGGCGCCGCCGCCGUUGUGGUGGGGGCGGACCCGGUGGAGGGGAAGAAGGAGGAGCCGUUCAUGGAGCUGAGCUACGCGGUGCAGGAGUUUCUCCCCGGGACCCACGGGGUGAUCGACGGGCGGCUGUCGGAGGAAGGGAUCAAUUUCAAGCUCGGCAGGGAUCUGCCGGAGAAGAUUGAGGGGAAGAUUGAGGAGUUUUGUAGGAAGCUGAUGAGGAAUGGUGGGUUGGAUUGUGGGGUUGGGUUUAAUGAGUUGUUCUGGGCGGUUCACCCGGGUGGACCAGCGAUACUGAACCGGUUGGAGGGAAAGCUUGGGUUGGAGGAAGGGAAGUUGGAUUGUAGCAGGAGGGCGUUGAUGGAUUAUGGGAAUGUGAGCAGCAACACCAUCUUUUAUGUGAUGGAGUAUAUGAGAGAAGAGCUGAUGAAGAAGAAGGAGAGGAAGGGAGGAGAAUAUAAGGAAGAAUGGGGGCUGGGAUUGGCUUUUGGGCCUGGAAUCACCUUUGAAGGCCUUCUUCUUCGUAGUCUAUGAACCUAACUUUUUGUCUUCUGCAUGUGAUCUAUGCAGAUUCUGUUACUAUGAACUAAAUAAUGGAAAUGUAUUUUCGUUGAUUUUACUGUUUUGAUUCCUUACCCGCUUAAACAUAGCUAUAGUAACAGUUACGUGUUUAUGAGCUAAAUAGAUUCCAAUGUUUCUCUCCUCGUUGUUAUUUAAAGGUAGGGAUGUGAAACGGUUUGUCCCGUACAGGAUCACAACGGAUGAAAAUGACGUUUUGAUAGGAUCAUACUAAACUAAAUAUAAUGUGUUGUGGUACUUGGACUCAUGAAAUUUAUAAACACGGAGGAAAAAAAAUCGACGCACCAAAUCGCAUAUAAUACACUGUUGUUCUAGUC